GUAGAUCUCAGUUAUAUGAGCAGGGAAACUUUAGUAAGAAUAGUUGCAAUAUCUAAAAGCAAUCUCGCUCUUCUCUUCUCUUCUCUUCUCUUCUCUUCUCUUCUCUCCUCUUCAACCUCAAUCACUUAACAAAACCCUCAGUAGAAAACUUCCACUAAGUUUUUAGUCAUCGUUGGUUUUCACAAUAAAGCAGCUCACAUGCAAACAUUCUCGUUUAAGAGGAGACCCAACCAUUCACAUUUCCCAUCAACUCUCUUCUUCUUCUUUCUCUCUUUAACUCUGUUCAUCUCUGGUGUGAGUUCUCGUGUACUAAGUCCUGUCCCUCUAGAUAACUCGAGCUUGAUCUCUGAUGGUGUCCAUGGCGCCUCGGAUUACAAGUAUCUCACUCUCGACCCUCCAAAGAACGUUUCCAAAGCAGCUUGCAUCCAUGUCUACGGGUUCCUUCCAUGUGCAGACAAUAUUGGAGGUUAUGUCUUCCAAGUUUUUUCCUUUGGCUGUCUCUUGAUCAUUGGUGACUAUUUCUUGUCUCAAGGAAGAUCCAAACUCUUUGUAAUCUUCGAGGUCGGGUUUUAUGGUGGUAUCGUCUUCCCUCUCCUUACCAUGUUCCCAAGAAUUGCCCUUAUGAUAUCGCCUGGACUAGCAGCGACCCACGAGGGUGCUUUAAUGAUUGUUGGAAACAACGUUGGAGUUACUAUUGGACACACAAUCUUUGCUCUGACAAUGCAAUGGGGAGCUUGUGUUAUCUUUGGUUUGACUAGUCCUAAUUCAGAUCCAUCAAUCCGAAGAGGAUCUAUCAAAAGAACAUCCUCUGACACAAAGAAUCCAAGAAGAGGAUUUUACAGGAUGAAGAUACUAAAAAGUGUUGUUGAAGCAAGCGUAGAUGCGGAUCCUAAGAACAAAAAAGCUGCAGGGAUUAUGCUCUUGACUCUAGUUCCAUUUCUCUUAGUGACAUUGCCUGAUUUAUUGGAUGUACAAUCUUGGAGUGAUAUCAUUAUGUUGAUCACACUCAUAAUCUCCUGUUCUUCAACCUUUAUCUACUUUGUUUACUCGUAUUUUGAUACGGCAGACCAAAAGAAGAGCUUAGAUCAUGCCAAGUUUGAGCUUAUGUCAGAAGUUCAUAAGCAUUUGCAGAGUUUUUCGCCUCGAACCCUUAUUAGAGAUGGACAACUAAGUAAAGAAAGCUUGAAAAGGUUCUGUUCUGUUUUUUCCAAAUCAAGAACUAUUCAUUUUGCUCUGUUUCCUCUGUUUUCUGCUUUCUUACAUUGCAAAUUUACUUCUUCUUUUUUUAGUUUGUUUGAUAAAAUCGAUAGGAACAAAGAUGGGAAGAUUCAAAUCUCGGAGCUUAAAGACUUAACCGUGGAGUUUGGAGUUUUUGGAAAGAUGAAAUGUGACAUCAAUGAGUUUGCUAGCACUUUACUUGCGGAGUUCGAUAAAGACAAAAAUGGCGAACUAGACGAGAACGAAUUCGAAGAAGGGAUAAUGAAACUACUGAAUCAUUACAAAUUUGAUAACCAAGAAUCUCCAAGACAGAACAACACAUACAUUUACAGAACACCAUCCGAUUCUGUUAAGAGCCUAUCGCAGGGCGAGGAAGCUGGAGUUUUAAAGCUAGAAAUGCCAAAGCAAACUCUUGUUGCUAAAUUCCUCUCCAUGAGUACCUUAAGAGCUGUGACUAAAGUUAUCGGUGGGAUGCUAAUCGUCGUCUUUCUUGCUAAACCAUUUAUGGUAAACAUUGGACUCUUAUCAGUUUCAGCUGGAGUUCCUUCUUUCUACUCAGUAUUUGCAGUGAUCCCUUUGGUUAGAAACUUGAAGAACACGUUAUCUGCACACUUCUGUCGAAAGAAAGACAAAGCAAGGAUCGCUUCUGAAAAGUUCUCUGAGAUUUACAGGGAUGUUACGAUGAACAAUCUGAUGGGAAUGUCGAUAACAUUGGCGAUUGUAUACUCGAGAGGAUUGAAGUGGGAAUACUCAAUAGAAUCUCUUCUUGUUGUGGUAGUUGGCAUUGCAAUUGGCUUACCGGCUUAUGUGAGAUCGACUUAUCCGUUCUGGAUCUGUGUAAUGGCCUUUGCUAUGUAUAUCUUCUCUCUUGUCCUUAUCUAUAUCCAUUUUCAUCUUCGAGGUCAGAGCUAAAGCUUUCACCUUUUAGCUCUGAUCAGACUAAAAGAGUAUAUCAACUUCAAAGUGUACUUUUCCAUUUUCAUUAAGACCAUGUUCUUUUGAUUAAACUCUGUCUGGUUCUUACGUUUUUGCUGAUCUUCUGAGGUUUGAUCUCAAAUCAGAAGUUCAUAUUCACUUGCACAGAUAGCUAAACCAAGUUCCUUAGAAACAAUUUCCUUCAUUUUUUUUC